AUCGGCUUCAUAAUCACGCGCCGUCGAGGUCGGCCAUCCGGUGGCAUACUUCGAACCAAUUCAGUUACAAGAUAUUCCUAUUUCUCUGUUGAAAGAUUGCAACAAUGGCUAAUAUGGUCAUAACAACGAUACUAGAAAAGAUAUUUUUCCAACUAUAUGGUUGUUAUUUAGUGUGGAUGACUGGAAAGGACAAGGAUUACAGAUACAUGGAAACUUCUGAUUUGCUCAAUGAAUUGAAUAAAGAAGGAUUUAAACUUGAUGUUGAACUUGAAGCAAAGGUAUCUAAUGUUGUAAUACAGCAGCUAGAUGACGUAGCGGGUGAUGUUUCUGGAUUAGCUGUAAAAUGCAAUUUUCAAGUAAUGCUGCAUCUUUAUGCAUAUUGAUGGGCCAAGUUUAAAGCAAAGUAGAGGCGACGAAGAACAAAAUUAACAGAAAAAGUGUGUCUUGCCUAUUGUUGGAUCUGUAGGAUUCGAGGUGUGGUUUUACAGUAGUAUUUAUAUGUGAUUUUGUUGAUUUGUUCAUUUUAUAAUUCAGCGGCCUACCUAAACCUGAUACAAAAUGAAUAUGAACAUCUCAACCUUUAAUAACGGUACAUCUUAGGG